UCCCCUGUGCAGACCAGUACCUGUCGGACACUAUGAGCUACCUGCUGGGCUGUCUGAAGAAGGAGAAGGAGAGGACGGCAGCUUUCCAGGCUCUGGGGCUGCUGGUGGUGGCCGUCAGAACAGAAAUCCAGCCGUACCUCCCCAAGAUCCUCGAGAUUAUCAAGGCUGCCCUGCCACUUAAGGACUUUGCACACAAGAGACAGAAGACCAUGCAGGUGGACGCCACAGUGUUCACUUGUAUCAGCAUGCUGUCCAGAGCCAUGGGUCCAAGCAUCCAACCAGACAUCAAGGAGCUGCUGGAGCCCAUGCUGGCUGUGGGCCUCAGUCCUGCGCUGACGGCAGUGCUGUACGACCUAAGCCGUCAGAUCCCGCAACUGAAGAAGGACAUCCAGGACGGCCUGCUGAAGAUGCUCUCCCUGGUGCUGAUGCACAAACCUCUGCGUCACCCCGGCAUGCCCAAAGGCCUGGCUCACCAGCUGGCCUCACCCAGCCUCACCAACAUCCCAGAGGCCAGCGAUGUAGGCAGCAUCACCCUGGCCCUGCGCACACUGGGAAGCUUUGAGUUUGAAGGACACUCACUCACCCAGUUUGUGCGUCACUGUGCCGAUCAUUUCCUGAACAGCGAACACAAGGAAAUCCGAAUGGAGGCAGCUCGGACCUGCUCCCGCCUCCUCACCCCCUCCAUCCACCUGAUCAGCGGCCAUGUUGUCAGCCAGACUGCCGUGCAGGUGGUGGCAGAUGUGCUCAGCAAGCUGCUAGUUGUUGGCAUCACUGACCCAGAUCCAGACAUUCGAUAUUGUGUGCUUGCCUCCCUCGAUGAGCGUUUUGACGCUCACUUGGCCCAGGCGGAGAACCUGCAGGCUCUGUUCGUUGCGCUGAACGAUGAGGUGUUUGAAAUCAGAGAGCUGGCGAUCUGCACCAUCGGACGCCUCAGCAGUAUGAACCCUGCGUUCGUCAUGCCCUUCCUGCGCAAGAUGCUCAUCCAG